AUGCUAUCUACAGAUUUAACAGAAGAAAAAGCAAAAUUCACCCGUGUGUGUGGCGACCACUUUAUAUCUGGAGAAUCGGCAAAGCUUUAUGAUAAAACAAACCCAGAUUGGGCGCCAACACAAAAAUUAGGACACGAAAAGAUCAGGACGAAUGCUCAUCUGGCAGCAUCAAGAAGCAGCAGGAGGAAGGAAGGAUCUGCCAAGAAAGCAACAUUAGAAGCAGCCCAAGCCUUAGUAUCUUUAAAUACACUAGAACUAGAAUGCCUAUCAACUUCGCCAGGAAGUUUUCACAAGCUACCAUUAAAUGACCCGGGACGAUGCAAGUUAUGGCUUCGUGCUUUGGACCCAAACACUUCAAAGGAGACACUCCGGCGUCGUUGUAUACUGGUAGGCAGCGACCAUUUCUCACCCAAUGACUUGAUCCACCACGAAGGUUGUACCCAUCCGACGCCUGCUGCCGUCCCAUCCGCUGCCCACGCCGCGGGGCAGACUGCUGGAAGCGCCAACGUGUCUGCGGUAACGGAAAGCGCUACAACUCAGCCAAUCAAGUCGUCUCCUUCACCGCCUUUGGUCAAGGUGAAGGAUGAGCCUAUAGAUGACGAGUAUGAUCAAGCUCUGAUAUCUUCUACAGCUACAGCAAACGUGAAGGAUGAGCCCAAUACUGCACAGAUCAGUAUUCAGACGGAUACGGUGAAAGUUCAUUCUCCUUCUGGCCCAAAAAUCCUGAAGAACAAGGCGGUGCUCUGCAGACCGCUGGUGCAGAACAAAGGGGUUUCCUGCAGAACGCAGACAGUCGAUGUCGAAUCACAGACAGACGACAUCUUUCCUAAAAUCAUGAUCGUUCCUGUCCCAGUGCCGGUGUAUGUUCCUGUACCCAUGAACUUGUACAGCCAGUAUACCCCCAAACCUGUGGGCCUGCCAUUACCGGUGCCUGUACCCAUGUUCCUUCCUGUGACAAUGGACAGCGCUGAACGCAUCUUGGAAACCAUCCAGGAGAUCAAGCAAAAGAUCCCUUCUGACCCCUUUGAGGCAGAGCUCAUCCUCAUGGCAGAGAUGGUCGCAGAACAACAUGAGAAUAAUGACAAAGAGGAGAGACCAAAGGAGAAAGUGGAAAGAGAGAGAGCGAGACAAGAAGCAGCAGCUCCAGUAGACCACGGCAGUAACUACAGUGUCGACUUGGACACCGAGGACUUGGCCAGUUUCCUCAACAACUGGGAGGACGUCUCUGAUGCAGGUUUCAGGUCUCCCAGUCGAGACCCGAUUUUAGACAUUCCUGCAGGCCUGACUAAUGAGCCUUACUCUGAGCCCCAACUUCCCAUGGACCUCGAAGCGGACGUCACUGUCGAAACUCUGGAGAGGAUGGCCCGGUUGAGAGAGCAGUCUAAGCGAUCCCCGAGCCCUCCGCCUGCUGCUUCACGACAACGACAAGCUCACAGGAAAGCCAGAGAAAAGAAGGGUCGUAAGUCCCAACGGUCGUCGUCUAAGACAGUUGAAGCGUCGACGACGCACAAGGCCGUGGCUGUAGAGGUCCCAAAACUGAAGAGUCAAUAUGGAGUUGACGCCUGGAAGCGAUGGAUCCAGUGGAGGCAAACUCAACCCAACCUGGAGAAACCACGCUUUGGUUCUCGUCCCAUAGAGUUGAAGGAGGAUGUUCUUAGCUGCACCACUGCGGAGCUGAGCUACGGACUCUGUUCUUUCAUUGCUGAGGUGAAACGACCCAAUAGAGAGCCGUACUACCCCGACACCCUCUUCUACCUCUGCCUCGGCAUUCAACAGCAUCUGUUUGAGAACGGUCGUGUAGAGAACAUAUUCAUGGAUCGGUUCUACAGCAAGUUCUCCACUGAGUUCACUAAUAAUCUGAGAGAUUUCAAACCCUCAAUCACAGCAGCUGGUUAUAUCCACUCCCGUGUGGAGGAGGAGUUUCUGUGGGACUGUAAACAGUUGGGGGCGUACUCCCCCAUCGUCCUCCUCAACACUCUGCUCUUCUUCUGCUGCAAGUACUUUGGCUUCACCACGGUGGAGCAGCACCGCCAGCUGUCCUUCGCUCACAUCAUGCGCUGCACCAAAACCAACCAGAACAACACCAAGACCACCUUCCUGCGCUUCUACCCCCCAAUAUCCAUAAACGAGGCAGAGCCAGAUCCAGAGGUUCCUGCGAAGAGGCGUAAGGAGGAGGAGAGUAAAGAGGAUAUCCUGGAGAUGAUGGAGAACACAGAGAACCCCCUCCGCUGUCCAGUCAGACUCUACGAGUUCUAUCUCUCCAAGUGCUCGGAGUCCGUCAAGCAGCGCACCAACCUGUUCUACCUUCACCCAGAGCGCUGCUGCGUCCCCAACAGCCCCCUGUGGUUCUCCUCCGCCCUUCUGGACGACAGCACCAUGGAGAGCAUGCUCAUCCGCAUCCUCACUGUCAGAGAGCUGCAUCUCGGGGCGAAGAAAGAUGGAGGGAUAGAGCAGAAGAAACUCGAUGAUCCAUCAUUUAUACCUGCCGAGGAGGAAGAUGAAGAUGGGGAUUCAGAGUCAUGAAGAGCAGAAGUGACCUUAAUUUGGUGCAGCAGCUUGUGGUGUAAAUGUUUGUAGAUAAACUGAAAUGUUCAUUUAAACAUGGCCCAAUAUACAGAAAGAGACAGAAUAAAUCUCUCACAUGCAUAACUACAAUGUGCAGAACUGUAAAGAAAGUCAUACUUCCUAAACCACAUGUUGUGUGGUUGGGACUUUGGAUCUGAGAUGCAAGACUCGGCUCAGAAUCCAGACUAACUACUGCUCAGCAGGACACGUAGCUGUCUUUCUGUGUUUUGUUUGCUGAAUGGUUGCUUCUCCUGGAUAAUGCUACUUGUUUUGUCCUUGUAUGAAAGAGCUAUAAUGAAAAACUAUUUAGAUUUCUGUCCAGAAGACAAAGUGAAAACAGCUUUCUGUGAUGUAGAAGUAAAUAAAUUGACAGAUUUUGUUCACCAGUGUCCAAUUGAUGGGAUUAAAAUAAUAAUUUGGAAUUGAUUUGAGUACAUUUAAGAAAAUAAUGUUGAUUCAUGUAUCACUGUUUAAAGAGGCUGACAACUUUCAUGCCAUUUGGAAAAAUUUCACAAUUUAACCUUUUGUUAACUGAAUGCACUGAAAUGAAUAGUUUUGAGUGUUGGCAUUGUUUUGGACAUGCUGUUUUCUCGAAGCGUCAAGUGUCCUCUGAUACAUUGACUUUGCAUAACCAUGUUAUCUCAAAAAUAAAAUGCAAAUGUGCUGUCUCUUCAUGUAUAUCUUGGUUAUAUUAACCCCCAUUUCUUAAAGUAUGGCUGCCAAUGCGUAUUUUCUAUUGUAUGUUGUUUUUGAAUAAAACCAUU